AUGCCUGGCUCCACCGUCCGCAAGACGGCCAUGACAUAUAGUGACGGCGGAAGACGCGCAGUCACCGGUUACUACCUUCUAUCAGGACGGUGGUUACCCCGGGGUUACCCCGCAGGUAGCGUCACGGAAGAUGACUUGCAAGCGCGGGUCGCGCGCUUCGUGUUCGGAACCAUGAUCGCUCCGUCUCAGUCUCCAUCGCUAGACUACCCCGACCUCCUCACACCAUCUCAAUCUCUUCACCUCGUACUCUACAACCGGACGAAGACGCAUCGCACCUCACUCCACGAGGAGGCUGUACUAACGUCGACAACACCCGGGUUCCGAUCCCACGAGCACAAAACCCCCACUACGACAACGGGCAGAGGUUUCCUGUUCUACUUCUCUCCUUCGAAGAGCUACCAGCCGUAUGGAGCACCGUACUCAUAUACUCCUGAGUAUGGUAGCUCGACAAACACAAGCCGUCCGUUGUUAGAUGUCUUCGAUUGA